AUGAAGACUACGAUUCUACUGUUUUGUCUUCUAGGAUCAACUCAGUCAUUACCAAAGCAGAUUAACCCUGCUUUGGGACUUCCUCCAACAAAAACUCCAGAUCAGGUGGCAUUGUUAAGUCAACAGCAACCAAAUCAGAUCUUUCCUUCCAUAAGUCUAAUCCCACUAGCACAGCUGCUCACCUGGGGUUCAGACCUGCAAUUGCUCAACCCUACCACUGGAUUGGCACAUGGUGCACAGACACUCCCUUUUACCCUGGGUCCGCUGAGCAGACCACAACAGCUGCAACCCCAGAUGUUACCCAUUAUUGUGGCGCAACUUGGAGCUCAGGGUACUCUCCUAAGCUCAGAAGAACUGCCAUUAGCCUCACAAAUCUUCACAGGCCUCCUUAUCCACCCCUUGUUUCCCGGAGGCAUUCUGCCCUCCAGUCAGACCGGGGCUAAACCAGAUGCACAAAAUGGAGUCCUUCCUACGAGACAGGCAGGAACAAGCCCUGCUAUACAAGGAACCACCCAGGGCCAAGUCACAACUCCUGCGGUCACCGAUGAUGACGACUAUGAAAUGAGCACCCCUGCAGGCAUGCGCAGGGGCACACACACCACGGAGGGAACCACGACAGACCCACCGAAUACAGCCAUGAGAAACUGCACCGCUUUGAACCACGAUCAAAACAAGCUUCUCCUGUCCGCUGCUUCUGUAGGUAACUGCCACGGCAAUGAGAAAGUAACUGAUACGAUCUGCACUUGUGUGAGUUUCCAUCCGGAAACUAAAAUGUCAUAG